AUGCUUUGGAAAGCGCCAGGAACUCCAGCUUGGAAGACUAUGAGUUUCCAUGACCAGAUGUCAGAGAUUCUCUUUUGCAGUGCCAUGGUUAGUAUCUGUGGCUCGUUCAGUAGGCAAUAGUGGACAAAAGUCUCUGCGGAUGAGCAACUACGGCGUGAUGUUAAUAUGUUGAACCAUGCGCGUAUGCAAGUUCCAGGAGCUCUCCCGGGCUUCGAAGAUGUCGUUCGUCUGUUCCUGGGUACUUCAGUUACUAUGGGUAAGAAGGCAAACGGCAAGACGGAGUUGGUCGAGGUCGUGGACCUGUCCGAAGAUUGA